GAAGGCCGAAGGCGGGGCGGGGAGAGAAGGUCGCGGCGCGUGCGUGCGUGCAUGCGUGGCCACGGCACGCCGUGCGCGAGGCGGAUGUCCGGACCGGCUGGGCCGGGGCCGCGGACAAGAUGGCGGAAGGCGGAGGCUGCCCUGAGCGGCCGGAUGCGGAGACCCAGAAAUCCGAGCUCGGAGCCCUAAUGAGGACCACGCUCCAGCGAGGGGCGCAGUGGUAUCUUAUUGACAGCCGAUGGUUCAAGCAAUGGAAGAAAUAUGUGGGCUUCGACAGCUGGGACAUAUACAGCGUGGGCGAACACAACGUGUUUCCUGGCCCCAUAGAUAACUCUGGACUCUUUGCAGAUACUGAGAGUCAGACCUUAAAAGAACAUUUAAUUGAUGAAUUGGACUAUGUACUGGUCCCAGCUGAAGCCUGGAAUAAGUUAUUGACCUGGUAUGGCUGUGUAGAGGGCCAGCAGCCAAUUGUCAGAAAAGUGCUGGAGCAUGGCCUGUUCGUCAAGCACUGCAAGGUAGAGGUGUAUUUGCUGGAACUGAAGCUCUGUGAGAAUGGCGAUCCCACCAAAGUGUUGAGUUGCCAUUUCAGCAAGGCAGAUACCAUCGCAACCAUCGAGAAGGAGAUGCGGAAGCUGUUCAACAUUCCUGCAGAGCGUGAGACGCGGCUCUGGAACAAGUACAUGAGCAACACCUACGAGCAGCUGAGCAAGCUGGACAGCACUGUGCAGGAUGCCGGGCUGUACCAGGGUCAGGUGCUAGUGAUCGAGCCCCAGAAUGAAGACGGCACGUGGCCCAGGCAGACCCUGCAGGCAAAAGUAAGCGCUGAGCCUAGCAGUCUUUCUACCUCUCAGAAAUCAUCAGCAAGUCCCUGUUCCUCAAGGUCUGCCUCUCCCGUGGCGAACGGUGAUGGCUCAGGGAGCGCGGGGAUGCACGGCUCCGGCAUCAGCAGGGGGGGAUCUGGCCUCUCUGCUGCAUGUAAUCGGCAGGAGCCCUCGUCGGCUCAUGUGCAGCCUGGGCUCUGUGGACUUGGAAACCUGGGGAACACGUGCUUCAUGAACUCCGCCUUGCAGUGCCUGAGCAACACCGCACCCCUGACCGACUACUUCCUGAAGGAUGAGUACGAGGCUGAGCUCAACAGAGACAACCCCCUGGGCAUGCAGGGCGAGAUCGCAGAGGCCUACGCAGAGCUCAUAAAGCAGAUGUGGUCUGGACGGGAUGCUCACGUGGCACCGCGCAUGUUCAAAACCCAAGUGGGACGUUUUGCCCCUCAGUUUUCUGGCUACCAGCAACAAGACUCUCAGGAGCUAUUAGCCUUCCUUCUAGAUGGAUUGCAUGAAGAUCUGAACCGAGUGAAAAAGAAGCCCUACCUGGAGCUGAAGGAUGCUAAUGGGCGGCCAGACGCGGUGGUAGCAAAGGAAGCCUGGGAGAACCACAAGCUGAGAAAUGACUCUGUGAUUGUGGACACGUUCCAUGGCCUCUUCAAGUCGACUUUGGUUUGCCCAGAAUGUGCUAAGGUUUCUGUGACCUUUGACCCGUUUUGCUAUCUAACUCUCCCACUGCCCUUGAAAAAGGACCGGGUCAUGGAGGUCUUCCUGGUUCCUGCUGACCCUCGCUGCAGACCCACCCAGUACCGCGUGACUGUGCCACUGAUGGGGGCCGUGUCUGACCUGUGCGAGGCGCUCUCCGAGCUGGCUGGCGUUGCCGCGGAAAACAUGGUGGUCACAGAUGUGUACAAUCACCGGUUCCACAAAAUCUUCCAGAUGGGUGAAGGUUUAAACCACAUCAUGCCUCGGGAUGACAUUUUUGUGUACGAGGUCUGCAGCAGCCCCUUGGACGGCUCUGAGUGUGUCACGCUUCCAGUGUACUUCCGGGAAAGGAAGGCCAGGCCAUCCAGCGCAUCUUCCGGGGCAGUGCUGUAUGGGCAGCCACUGCUGGUUUCUGUCCCCAAGCACAAGCUGACCCUCGAGUCUUUGUACCAGGCUGUUUGUGAGCGAAUCAGCCGCUACGUAAAACAGCCUUUGCCUGAUGAAUUUGGGAGCUCACCCUGGGAGCCAGGGGCCUGCAAUGGCUCCAGGGGCGGCUGUGAAGGAGAGGAUGGAGAAGAGAUGGGGCAUCAGGAAGAAGGCGGAGCGCGGCUUUCAGGGCUGGAGGGCAGCGGGGAGGGCGUGCCGGGGAGCAGCCGCUGCGAGGCCGCCCGCAAGAGCCAAGGCCCGCCCUGCCCAAAGAGGCUCUUCGCCUUCAGCCUGGUGAGCGCCUACGGGACAGCGGACGUGGACUCCCUUGUGACUGAUGGGAAACUGCUUAAACUCAACCCUCGAUCCACACUGGCCAUCGACUGGGACAGCGAGGCCCGGAGCCUUUAUUACGACGAGCAGGAAUCUGAGGCCUAUGAGAAGCAUGUGAGCAUGCUGCAGCCUCAGAAGAAGAAGAAGGCCGCGGUGGCUCUGAGGGACUGCAUCGAGCUCUUCACCACCAUGGAGACCCUUGGGGAGCACGACCCCUGGUACUGCCCCAGUUGUCAGAAGCACCAACAGGCCACGAAGAAGUUUGACCUGUGGACCUUGCCGAAAAUCCUUGUGGUACACCUCAAACGCUUCUCCUACAGCAGAUACUGGAGGGAUAAGCUCGACACGGUCGUGGAGUUCCCAGUCAGGGCCCUGAACAUGUCCGAGUUUGUCUGUGACCCGUCAGCGCGGCCCUACGUGUAUGACCUCGUCGCUGUGUCCAACCACUAUGGAGCCAUGGGGGUCGGUCACUGAAAUCACUUGAAACUGGGAAAAAGCUUCUUGCAUAAAGAUACUUACCUAUUUAAAACCGUGGAAGUUAUUACUGGCGUUGGUGCCCAGUGGCUGCCGCUGCCGCCCAGCUGCUUGAUGGAGGGCACACAGCCCCUGCAGAGUGGAAUUGCUCCUGACAUGGGUGCCCUUGAAACGCCAUCAAAAAUAGCCACACAAAGUCACGCCGUCACAAGAGGUGGUGACACAGCUACAUCACAAACAGGGAAGAGACACCAGAAUCUUCCUUCUUCUCCUUGUUCUUUGUUUUCUAAAGUCUCUGUCAUGUGUGGGUUUGCUCUUCAGUGAAAAGACCUCGUACAUCUUGUUACUCGCUUACGGGAAGGUGGUGCGGGUAGUGGUGAAGCGAGCAGUGGGUGUCUGCCUGCUCCCUCUGCCGCACCUGCACUGUGCCCACUGCCACCCCUCCCGGGGUCAGGGCCCCAGGAGGUGACACACCACGGGAGGCACCAGUGACCUUUACUUGCGCAGUGGGCGAUGGAACUGCCCGCAGCCCUGAUGUUCUCCCCUGCCGUGCCGACCUCUUUUUGUUGGCCUAACACUGCCCCUGCCCCUCCAUUCUUACUGUGUCACCUCCUGUCUCCAGAAGGCUGCUCAGUCUCAGCUCUCAUGUCUACAUUCCAGGACAUGAGAAGUAGGGGAGAAAGGGCACCACCUUCUCUUCUAAGCAUGCCUCCCAGAAGUCCCCCUCAGCUCUUCCCCACACACUUCAUUGACUAUAAUGCCACAUGGCUGCCUCCAGCUGUACAUGAGGCUGGGAAAUAAAAAUUGGUCUUGUUUGAAAACCAGGGGUCUACUGGAGUGGCUGUUAGCAGUUCGACCACACCAUGCCCUGAAGCACUUACUCUUCAGCUGUUUCCUCCCCAAAUUCAUUUUGAUACCUGUUCAUUCAUGAAUAAAUACAUUCCUUCUUGACUGCCAUGGUAGCAUGUAGACAUACCAGUCAGGCAAGUUUCUUAGCUCUGUGUGUGUCAUUUUUCCCCUUCAUGAGGUCAGGCCCUUGUUUAAGGGCCCCCAGUGGGAACUCCAGGACAGAGAGCCACCAGUGCACAGACUGGGGGCGGCCCUCAGCACCUUCUGUGUCACCUUCUCCUGCCUUCCUUACCCACACGUUCUGCAGCAAACACUGGAGCGACAGACAGCUCCACAGCUCGCCCAGAGCCACACGCAGGCGGGGACUGCAGACCCCCGCUAGCUCCUGCCGUGUUGUAUUAGAGUGUGGGCAGAGCGGGAAUUGGACAUCGCUGCUGGGACUGCUGUUGUAAAUACAUCCUGCUUGGAAAUAGUGCAGAAUCAAGAUGGGAAAUGUUGGCUGUGGGACGUGAGGAAUUGAGACUUCUGACACACAGUUUUAGAGAAGAUAAAGUAAGCCUGCUUGUCCACGUCCCAGUCUACAAACCCAAGUGCCCGCUGUGUCCCCACCAGGAUCGCCCUUCUGCCUGGACAGGGCGGGUGCCUUCGAUGUGGCGUGAUCUUUGGAGAUCUGUAGUUUAACUUGGGUCUGAACGUGUCAGUUCCCGUAUGUCCCCUGGUCAGGGUUACUGCUCACAGCCACCCUGAGGGCUGACACCAGCUUUCUCUGCUUUUUGAAUUAGUUCCCCAAAAUCUGUGUAAGCCUGAGACCCCACAGCUCCAUUUUUACUUUUUUAGAAGGAACAGGUUUUUUUAAAAGGAUGAGAUACCUUUGGGUCGUUAGGACACCAGCUGUAAGUUACGUUUGACCUCAGGGUCUUUGGUUUUUCCCUUUCGGGGGUUCUGUCGUUCAUCGCAGGCCCACAGGCCCGCCAGGGCUCUCUGCUGGCCACUGCUCAUGUCCUCUGUUGGCC